UUUCUUCACAGUGUCAUCAGCCACGCGAGUUUCCACUCUUACAGAAAUCUUGCUGAAGUUUCUGCUUAUACAUCAGCAUGACGGAACGUAAAGGAACGGCGAAGCUCGACUUCUUGAGGAAGAUCGAGGAAGAGGUCCAGCAGAAAUGGGAGAAGGAGAAGAUGUUCGAGAUAAACGCUCCAGCCUCCACUGGAGAAAGUACCAAUAAGAACAAGUACUUUGUUACAUUUCCUUACCCGUACAUGAAUGGGAGACUUCAUCUCGGGCACACGUUUUGUCUGUCUAAGUGUGAGUUUGCUGUGGGUUACCAGCGUUUGAGAGGAAAACAUUGUCUUUUCCCAUUUGGAUUGCACUGUACUGGAAUGCCAAUCAAAGCAUGUGCAGACAAGUUGAAGAGAGAGAUGGAGCUCUACGGGUUCCCGCCACAGUUUCCUGAUGAAGAUGAGGAGGAGGAAGAGAAGCCGAAGAUCAAUGAUGAGAUCAUCAUCAAGGACAAGGCAAAGGGCAAGAAGAGCAAAGCCGUGGCCAAGUCUGGAUGCUCCAAGUUCCAGUGGGACAUUAUGAGAUCCCUGGGGCUGCGUGACAAUGAAAUCGGGAAGUUUGCCGAAGCCGAACAUUGGCUGGAUUAUUUUCCUCCGCUUGCUGUAGAAGACCUUAAGAAAAUGGGUUUGAAGGUUGAUUGGCGUCGUUCCUUCAUCACGACGGAUGUAAACCCCUUCUACGACUCUUUUGUUAGGUGGCAGUUUAUCACUCUGAAAGAGAGGAAAAAGAUCAUGUUUGGGAAGAGAUAUACCAUAUACUCUCCCAAAGAUGGGCAGCCGUGCAUGGACCAUGACAGACAAACGGGAGAGGGAGUUGGUCCUCAAGAAUACACCCUUGUCAAGAUGAAGAUGAUUGAACCGUACCCAUCAAAACUCAGUGGUCUUAAAGGCAAGAACAUCUUUCUGGUAGCUGCAACUCUGAGACCCGAAACCAUGUUCGGUCAGACAAACUGCUGGCUACGUCCGGAUAUGAUGUACAUUGUGUUUGAGACUGCCAGUGGCGAGCUGUUCAUCAGCACACAGCGUUCGGCCAGGAACAUGUCCUAUCAGGGCUUCACCAAAGAGAACGCCCAGGUUCCUGUUAUCAUGCAGAUCAUGGGAAAGGACAUCCUGGGCUGUGCAUUGAGCGCCCCCCUCACCUCCUACAAGACCAUCUACGCCCUACCGAUGCUUACCAUAAAGGAAGAUAAAGGAACUGGAGUCGUCACCAGCGUGCCGUCAGACGCGCCGGAUGAUAUAGCUGCUCUGAGGGACAUCAAAAAGAAACAGGCUUUGAGAGAGAAGUAUGGAAUUCAGGAUCAUAUGGUUCUACCCUUUGAGCCGGUGCCCAUCAUUGAGGUACCAGGAUAUGGAAACCUAUCGGCUCCUCUUGUUUGUGACGAACUAAAGAUUCAAAGCCAGAACGACAGAGAGAAGCUUGCAGAGGCCAAAGAGAAAGUCUACCUCAAGGGCUUUUACGAGGGGAUUAUGUUGGUUGAAAGUUUCAAGGGGCAGAAGGUCCAGGAUGUGAAGAAACCCAUUCAGAAGAUGAUGGUGGAAAAGGGUGAAGCUCUGAUCUACAUGGAGCCAGAGAAGCAGGUGAUGUCUCGCUCUGGGGAUGAGUGCGUGGUGGCGCUGUGUGAUCAAUGGUAUCUGGAUUACGGCAAUGAAGAAUGGAAAAAACAAACCACAGGCCUCCUGACGGCUCUGGAGACGUUUUGCGAUGAAACCAGGAAGAACUUUGAGGCGACAUUGGCUUGGCUCCAGGAGCACGCCUGCUCUAGGACAUAUGGAUUGGGAACACGGUUGCCAUGGGAUGAACAAUGGCUCAUUGAGUCCCUGUCGGACUCCACCAUCUACAUGGCCUUCUACACCCUGGCACAUCUUCUCCAGGGAGGGGUCCUCAACGGACAGGGACCCUCGCCACUGGGAAUAAGACCCGAGCAGAUGACGAGGGAAGUGUGGGAUUACAUCUUCUUCAAAACAGUCCCUUUUCCAAAGACGGACAUCCCAAAGGAUCACCUACAAAAGCUCAGGAGAGAGUUUGAGUUCUGGUACCCUGUCGAUGUGAGAGUGUCAGGAAAAGACCUGGUGCCCAAUCACCUCUCCUACUAUCUGUACAACCAUGUAGCCAUGUGGCCCAAUGACAGUGGAAAAUGGCCACAAGCAGUACGGGCCAAUGGUCAUCUUUUGCUAAACUCUGAAAAGAUGUCCAAAUCCACUGGCAACUUCCUCACUUUGAGUCAAGCUAUCUCAAAGUUUUCUGCAGAUGGCAUGCGUUUGGCUCUGGCCGAUGCAGGGGACACGGUGGAGGAUGCUAACUUUGUGGAGGCCAUGGCGGAUGCUGGAAUCCUGCGGCUGUAUACAUGGGUGGAGUGGGUGAAAGAGAUGAUAGCCAAUCAGAACAACCUGAGGACUGGACCACCUGACACCUUUAAUGACAGAGUAUUCAUUAGUGAAAUGAACUCCAGCAUUGUUAAAACGGAGCAGCAUUAUGAGAGGAUGAUGUACAAGGAGGCAUUGAAGAGUGGAUUCUUUGAGUUUCAGGCAGAGAAGGAUAAAUACAGAGAGCUGGCCAUCGAGGGCAUGCACAGAGAUCUCGUGUUCCAGUUUAUUGAGAAGCAAACACUCCUGCUGGCUCCCAUCUGCCCCCACCUGUGUGAACACACCUGGUCCCUGCUGGGGAAGAGAAGUUCUGUAACGAAGGCCAGCUGGCCCACAGCCGGUCCGGUAGACGAGGUAUUGAAUCGAUCCUCACAGUAUCUGAUGGAUACGGCUCAUGACCUCCGUCUGCGCCUGAAAGCUUACAUGCAGCCAGCCAAAAACAAGAAAGGAGACAACAAACCUCCAGCCAAGCCCACACACUGUAACAUCUAUAUAGCGAAGACCUACCCACCCUGGCAGCACAGCGCCCUCUCUCUGCUGGGCAAACAUUACAAGAGCAACAAUGGAUCUCUUCCUGACAAAAAAGUCAUCGCCAUGGAGCUUGGAGCCAUGCCAGAGCUGAAGAAGUACAUGAAGAGAGCGAUGCCCUUUGUAGCUAUGAUAAAGGAAAAUCUGGAGAAAAAUGGGCCGCGGGUUCUUGAUCUAGAACUGGAGUUUGAUGAGCGUGCCGUCCUGCUUGAAAACAUUGUUUAUCUCACCAAUUCACUUGAGUUGGAUCAGAUAGACGUGGUGUUCGCCUCUGAAGCCGAUGACAAAGUAAAGGAAGACUGUUGCCCUGGGAAACCGUUCUGUGUCUUUAGAUCUGAGCCUGGAGUAUCCGUGUCAAUGUUGAACCCGCAGCCAGCCACCGGUCUGUUCUCCACUAAGAUGGAGAUUCGACAGGGAGACAGAAAAGACUCGAUCAUCCGCAGACUUUCUCGAGUUAACCGAGGGAUCAAGGAUUUAUCCAAAGUGAAACUGAUGCGUUUUGAGGACCCUGUGCUCGGGCCCAGACGAAUCCCCGUUCUGGGGAAAGAAGAAGAGGGAAAGCUUGCCAUCUCGGACAGUUCGGUCUUCCACAUCAGCCUGGAAAAAAGCACAGUUCAUAUGAGCGACAACGGCUUUAAAAUGGAUAUCGGAGACACUUUAAUCUAUCUGGUUCAGUGAGAUCUGGGACUUCAAUUGUUACUUUAUUUACAAGUGGAUACUUUUCUCUUGUCUAGAAAACAUGUUUUGCAUCAACUGAGAUGAAAGUUAAUCUAACACUAGCUGGUGUUUAGACUCAAUGUGACUAGUCAAUUGCUGUCUCUGCGUUUGAAUCGGUGUCACAGUUACAGUCAUUUUACAUAAUAAAAGCCUGGGGGACUGUACAUUUUAAGUUCAUGCUCAUUCAAGCUAAUGGGACUGGAAAUAUUCGUGCUAUUUUACAUUUUUUGCUCAACAGUUCUUACUGUUGUGCUCACAAAUUUAAAUUUCCCAUGCAGAAUCUGCAAGAUGAUUUUUUAAAUAAGAGAUGAUUAAAAUUGCAUUUUCUUCAUCAUACGCAGUCAAUAAAUGCUCACGGUGAUAACUACAGUAUAUUUAUACAGGAUAAUUUGUGUUCUUUUUCUGUAAACUAUAUGUAGAUAUCUAUCAUGCAGGUUCUUCAGAGUAAAGGAAACAACAAAAACAAAGCUAUUUUUAUGAUCGCUGUUCUUUUAUACAUACAUGUAAACUGUAUGUAUACCCUAUGGAUGCUUUGAAGGAUUUCUUACCGUUCAUACCUGCCGAUGGAAUUUCAUUUGUACACCUGUUCUCUAUUUUACACCCAUAAUUCAUAGUAUUUCAACAGAGUUUCUGUAAAGACAUCCGUUCCUUCAAACGUUGUGUCUGGCAUUCAAUUCAAUGUCUGCACUUUUGUCGGACAUCGGUUUUUGUCAAAUUUCAUGAAUUCUGUGAACACUUAAUAAUUAAUUGCUAAUAAAAUUUGCCUCUGAAUGCCA